CGUGAUGAGAAGGGGAGAGAACUCGCAGAGCAACAAUUGCCACUAUCUCAUUGGGUGCUGGGCUGGGCAUGAGUCACUUCCCAGGCAGCAAAGUCUGCAAAAGGCUGUACAGAGCCCUCAGUCACAAAUGACAGGCUCAGGCUGCAGUGCUCUGCUUUCCAUGCCCCAACCAGCCAGGCCUUCCCAGGAGAGAGCUGGGCAGCUGAAGCCAGAGGCUCCUUCUUGGCCUCUAGACCCACAAGGAAUCACGUCAUUUCCAAAUACUCAUGGCAGAAGAAGGGGCUGUCUUCAAGCUGACCAGUGACCUGAAGGCUGUCAUCUCUGCCAUCCUCCAGGGCUAUGGGGGUGGGCGGCAGCCAGUGACAGACGCCAGUGCUGAACUGCACAGACUCUGUGGCUGCCUGGAGCAACUGCUGCAGUUUGACCAGAAAGAGCAGAAGAGCUUCCUGAGGCCUCGGAAGGAUUACUGGGACUUCCUCUGCACGGCCCUGUGGCGGCAGCGGGGGGACACGGAGCCAGUCCACUUUGUCCACUCACAGGACAAGUUGAAGACCCCACUGGGAAAAGGCCGAGCCUUCAUCCGCUUCUGUCUCGCCCACGGACAGCUGGCCGAGUCCCUGCAGCUCUGCCUCCUGAACCCAGAGCUAACCAGGGAGUGGUAUGGCCCCCGGAGCCCUCUGGUGUGCCCUGAACUCCAGGAAGACAUCCUGGACUCCCUCUAUGCUCUCAACGAGGUGACCUUCGACUUGGACCUGCAACGGCCAGACUUGGAUGGAGCCUGGCCCAUGUUCUCAGAGUCCCGCUGCUCCAAUUCCAACUGGACCCAGGGAAGAAGGCCCAGAAAGAUCAAAGAUUCCCCUAAGGAGAUCUCACCCACAUAUGGAGACCCCAGAGGAGGCCACCCAGAGGAGCCACAUACCAGGCAAGCCAGUUCUCUGCGAGAUGCACCCAGGGAAGACAGGUUGGCUGGACUCCCCAGGUCCCAGCAACACAAGCAUCAGCCCCUCUUUUUGGAAAAGAAGAAAGAAGAUCCCAGGAGGCUUGGGCCUCCCCAGAGCAUGUGGGAACUAGAGGGGGAGGAGCUUCAGCAAAACCAGGAGAAAGGAGCUCCAACGACGGGGAUCUGCCUGGAGAACUCAAUACCUAGCAUCCAGGGACAGGGGAAGGGGGCCAAAGAGACUCUGAAGGAGGUGAUAGGAACAGAGGCUGAGGGCAGGGGGGUUUUGCUGAGUGCAGAGGGCCAGAGAACAAUAGAUGGGACUUAUGAAGGGGAAGCAGAGAGGAGUCAUAUCCAUAGGCUGCUGGCCUCCAGCUCCAAAGAGAUGUUAGGGGAUGCAGUGUCAGGGAGCCGUCAGGGCGGGAAAGUGCCCAGCAUCCCGAGGGAGUUCUGGGUCCUUCAGGGCCUGGAAACAAAGGAAGGCUCCACCACGGAGAAGCCCCAAGAGCAAAUAGGAGUCACCACUGCAACCAGGAGGGAGGAACAAGCAGAGAUGGCCUUGCAGGAUGUGGUUAAGAGUCUCAGACAUGGGCUCCAGAAAACCAAGGAGCAGGCCCAGCACCAGGAACAGCUGCUGAAGGAGCAGGAAGGGGAGCUGAAGGCACUGCAGGAACAGCUCAGCAGGUGUCAGGAGGAGAGGGCCCGGCUGCAGGCGGAGCUGGAGCAGAAGCAACGGGAGGCCGAAAGGAAGGGCGCCGUGUAUGAGGAGGAGCUUGGCAGGCAGCGGGACCUGGUCCGAGCCAUGAAGAGGCGGGUGCUGGAGCUGAUUCAAGAGAAGGAUAACCUGUGGCAGAAGGUCCAGCAUCUCUCUUCCUUGGCCCCUGGAUGCUGUGUUGUCUGCAACAAGAUCUUUGGUCGGCUGUCUCGGCGGUACCUGUGCAGGCUCUGCGGAGGCCUGGUUUGCCAUGCCUGCUCUGUGGAUUUUAAGAAGAAGGAGUGCCACUGCCCACCCUGCUCCCAGAGGAGAGAAGCCCAGGUCCUCUGACUGAGACCCACCCACCCCACCUGAUCGGCUGUCCCCUCGGCCCUUCCCAGCCCUCUGGUCUGACCAGUCCUGCCUUCUAGAAGUUGGCCAUCUAAGGUGGACAGCACUUGAGUGGACAGACCGUGGUGUGGAGGAUGGAAGGAGCCGGGCUGGCAGUCAGGAAAGAGGUUCUAACCCUGCAUCUCCCACUGAUGAGCUGGGUGACUUUGGCAAAGCUGUCAGGCUUUUUCCAUAACAUGAGGGAGUGGGCACCAUCCUCUCUAAAGUCCCUGCAGGCUCAAAGUCCUUGUCCAAGAAUAAGGCCCAGUGGCCCUGACGUUUCUCCUCUGCACUCCCUUCUCAGCCAGCCCAUCCUUCAUGAUACACAGGAGCUUCCUGUCUACAGUCUGCUUCGGAGGUCUGCUUUCAUUCUUAACAGCUUUCUUUAAGUACUAUUAAUGUAUAAUACACUUCACAUAAACCUGAUGAGUACAGUCUGAUGAGUUUUGACUUUAAUAUACACCCUGAAGCCAUCACCAUAUUCAAAAUAAUAGACACAUCCAUCAGCCCAGUUUCCUUGUGCCCUUUGUCAUCUCUCCCUCCCCCCACCUCUCCCCAUCC